AUGGCAACCUUUGCAAGUAGCAACUUUUCAUAUACGGCGUAUGCCUCAUUUCGCCCAGAAUACCCCCAAAAGCUCUAUGAUAUGGUAUUUUCCUAUCACCAAGGCGCAUACAACACCUGUCUAGAUCUUGGGUGCGGUCACGGCCUGGUUUCUCGUGCCCUUUCCCCGAGAUUCAAGAAAGUCUAUGGCAUCGACCCAUCCGCGGGCAUGAUAGAGCAAGCAAAGAACAUGACGACUGAGCAGAACGUUGAGUUCGUUCAAGCCGCUGCUGAGUCUCUUCCAUUCAUUGAGGAUAAAAGUGUAGACUUGGUUGUCGCUGGAGUAGCCGCCCACUGGUUCAAUUAUCCGCCCCUCUUCGCAGAAUUACAACGGGUGAUGAAACCUGGAGGCACCCUUGCAUUUUGGGGAUAUUCGGAUCACUACCUAGUUGAUUAUCCCAAGGCUACCGCCGUACUUGACAAAUAUGCUUAUGGUCUAGAUAAAGAUCUGCUUGGUUCGUACUGGACCCAGCCUGGAAAUUCAAUCAUGAGGGAGAGUUUACGUGCUAUACAGCCACCGACGGAUCAAUGGGCAGACAUCCAGCGGAUUGAAUACCAACCCGGACUUAACGGUCCAGACUCUGGUAAAGGAACAAAAUAUAUGGAGACUGAGAUCACGCUUCGCCAGGCGACUGAGUAUAUCCGUACAUGGAGCGCAUAUCAACGCUGGAAAGACGCUCAUCCAGGCCAACUUCGACGAAGUGAGGGCGGAACUGGAGAUGUUGCGGAUGAGAUGCUUGACAGUAUGAUUAAGGCUGAGGAUAGUCUACGUGAUGUUCAAUCAGCAGAGGAUAAAGUUGUGAAGAUUGAAUGGGCCAGCGCUCUAAUCCUCGGACGAAAGCUGUGA